GGUAACGAAGAGGAAGUGACGCUAGUUCCGGGUGUGUGAAGUUCCAUCCUGGGAUUUGGUGAGUGAGUGUCUUGGGGGCUGAUUAUAGGUGUCAGAGUGUCAGUGAGGUUUAUUGGAGUGUGGUGGGGGCUGUGCUUAUCCAGGUGGGGGGUUAAUAAUAAUAAAGGGUUAUGGUGGGGGUAGUAUGGGGUGAGGCCUAGCUGUGGGUGUUGGUUAUCUGUCCCCCCACUUCUAAUUCUGAAUAAUGUUGUUAUUAUUAUUAUUAUUAUUAUUAUCAUCAUCAGCUAUUUAAUGUUAUUAUUUUAUCAGCUAUUUAAUGUUGUUAUUAUUAGCUAUUUAAUGUUGAUGAUGAUAUCAGCUGUUUAAUAUUGUUAUUAUUAGCUGUUUAAUGUUGUUGUUGUUGUUGUUAUUAAAUGUCAGAAGGGUUGCCUUUCUGUCCCCCAUUAUUUUUUUGUGUGUGUAUAUUUUGUAAUAACCCUGCCUGCACAAACUAUGAAAAUACUGUGUGUGUGUCUGUCAUAUUAGAAAUUAUGGGAUCACUUGACAGACACCCACCUUUUUGCCACCCAAGAUAUAUAUAUAAUUUUGUUUUGCAGCAAUAAUUAACCUAUAUCCAUGAUUUGGCAAGUGUGAGAGCUUUAUUUUUUUUUACAACUGUGGUUAUUAAUUACACAUUUUAUUGGGAAAUAUUGGGCCUAAAUAACCCAACAGGAAUGUUAGCUGAGUUUGGAAAGGUGGUCCACAUUUAGUAUUUUACCUAAAAAAUUUCUAAUUCAUUUUUUUUUUCCCCUUUCAAUUCCCCCUUUACUAAAUAAAUACCAACUCAGAUAAACAUUGAUACUUUUGAUAUUGCAUUCUUUAUACCCUAAAAUAUAUAUAUAUACACACACCCACCCCCACCUCUUUGGUGUUUACUAAUAAACCACUGAUUGAAUAGCUAAGGAUCCUAGGCUGAAAUGCUUAGUCAUUGUGGAUAGUUGUCACAUGAAAUAGACUCAUAUUGUUGGUGUUUUAUUACUUAAAUAAUUAUAAUUCAAGAGAUGAUGUAUCACUCCUCGUGUGCUUGCCAUGCUUGCAGUGGGCAGCAUAAAUCUUGGCAUUCACAAUAUGUCAAGGGUGUUGAUUCCACGUUCACCAGAUGUUGUUGUUCAUUAACACCUUCAUGUUAUUUUUAAACACAUUUCACCAAAUAUAUUUUGUGCUGUUUAUAUAUCAUAAAUAGGAUUAAUCCAAGUGAUACUUUUUAUUCCUGUGUGGAUCUUGUAAUACGAUAUCCACAAUGUUCACUACUUUUCGAUCCCUAUGACCCUCCAUUAAAGGUGUUGUGUAUUACUGGAGCUUUUAAUGAACUUCCUACUUCUAGUAGUAAACAGAUUAACACUCCACCAGGUGGUGGCUGGGUGUAUUUUCUCCAUAUCUCCUAUAGUCCCAAAUGCAGAAGAUAGCAAAGAAUUUGGAGCCGCACACCAGGCUUGCAUUGAUUGGAUCAUCUUAAUUUACAACAAACGUAAGACCGUCUGCCAGGUUUAUCCAACCUUUUUGGUGGAUUGAAGUCGUUCUGCUCUGCUGCUCCUGCUAUUUAUAUUCUGCUCUUAGUAUGACAGUAUUUGUAGACAUUCAGCUGAUUUUUGAGGACUAUAGAAUUUAAUCAGAUACCCAGCUUCCCUUUGCCAACUUUUCGAUUGGCAAAGGAUCAUGGGAGUUGCAGUUUCAGUAUCCUUGCAUUCCAAGGUCCGACUGCAUUGAACUCAAGAUAAAACUUCUGAACUACUAAAAGGUUGCAAAGGGUCUGUUUUUUUUAUUUUUUAUUUUUUUAUUUCUGGGGUCAGCCAGUUUUUCUCAAACCACUCCAAACAAGCAAGUCUGAUAGCGAAGCAAUGGGCAGCACACAAAAACUCAUUGAGCCAUUUAAUGAGCUGAUGUAUGUAUGGCUCAGAGUGGUCAGUAAAAUUCUGAUUUUUAGUACUGAUUUUUAGUGUAUAUUAAUUAGCAAACACCAGCACAAUCAGUGUUUAGUAAGUCCUCAGCAGUUUACGGAGUUUGUUUCCUUUGCGAUGUGCAAUACUUACAUAACCAGCUACACAGUAUUUUGCUUCCUAACAAUUUUUGGAUUACAGCAGAAUUGUAUUUUAGGCACUUUAAAGUGUUAGUCCAACUCUUCAUUACCAUUUUAUUUUUAUACUUAUAAUGCCGUUACUUGCCUCCCAAACUAUAUUGUAAUUGAAAACAUUAUUACAUUUACAUUAAUCUACCUGGAAUGCAGCGCCUGGCAAAGCUGUAGUCACUGCUUUAGGGUGAGCGAGAAUAAAAACAAAAUGCAAACUAAUACAGGACUGGAUAGGGAGGUUGGGAGAGAACAUGUGAGCAAAGGAGGGGGAAAGAGGACACGCAGACUUCUACUUGCAGGUAGCUAACAGCAGGUGUAGAGCCUGAUUACAUCUGUCGCUAUCUUGCAGUACUUGCUGACGGCAAAUGUAAUUUUUGCACAGAAUUAUCAUUCGGCAGCCCUGAACAGUGUGUGCCAGGGGUGCAAUUAGACCGAAGUACAAAUUACUCUGUACAGGAAGCGUCUCAAGCAGAAACACUGCACAUACAGAUUGCUUGCUCUGUGAUCACUUCUAAAAGCCAAAGUUAGACUUGGCUAUUUACAGGUCUUCCACAGCACUCAGGUUGGGAAACAUUGACAUUGAGGCACUCUUAGUUUUAAGAUCUUUGCACAAACAAAUGGCUAGCUAAAUUUCAUUAGGUUCAGUUUUAUUUAAUUUUGCAAAUCAGUCAACCCCUGCAGUGCUGAACACUCGGUACACGCACAUGUAUAGUGCCGACAAAGUAAAUGUCACAUGAGCAUUGUUUUUUUUUUUUUUUUACUUGCUUCCACUGCUAUACUUCUCACCCUGGUAAAUGGUGCAAGGACGCAGGUUAUGGUGCUUAGACUUCCCGUUUAGGGAUCGACUGGUUAUCGGGUUUGCUGAUAUUCGGUAUUUUCGGCAAUAUCAGUAUCGGCCAAUAAAGAUACCGAUAUUGCCUAUAAUACAUAACAGGACCGCCGGGCCCAUUACAAGCCUGGCGGUCCUGGGGGGCCGGCAGCAAGCGCUUACUUACCUUUCCAGCAGCUCCCUUCCACUCCCUGUGUAAAUCUCGCAAGUCCCGCGGCCGUCAGAGCAUUGCCAGAGGUUACCAUGGCAACGCCCCGCGAGGCACACAGGCCGCAAGAUUUACACAGGGAGCUGCUGCAAAGGUAAGUUACAGCUUGCUGCUGACCCCCACUGCCCAUCCAUGCCACCCGACCACCAGGGAAUUCCAUAGCCCCCCUCCCUGGCCAGGCAACAAGCAGGGAGGGGGGACAAAAAAAUUAAAAUAAAUAUUAAAAUAAAAAAUGCCCUCCCUCUCCCCCCAUUUUACACAAAUCACAUCCCUUCAGGAACACACACACACUCUGCAUUAUAUACACACACUACACACUCUGCAUUAUAUACACACACUACACACUGUAUAUAAUGCAGUGUGUGUGUGUGUAUAUAUAAUGUAGUGUGUAUAUAAUGCAGAGUGUGUGUGUGUGUGUGUGUGUGUAUAUAAUGCACACACUACACACUCUGCAUUAUAUACGCACACACUACACACUCUGCAUUAUAUACGCACACACUACCUUAUAUACACACUACACACUAUUCAAUAUAUAUAUACACACACUAUACCAACACACUGCAUUCACUUUACGCACACGAGACACUGCAUUCACUUUAUGCACACUAGACACUGCAUUCACUAUACGCACACCACACACUGCAUUCACUAUAUACACACUGCACACACUUUACGCACAAUGCAUUCACUUUACACAUGACACACUACAUUCACUAUACACACACGACACAUACACAUGUUGCAUUCAUUAUAUACACACUACACAAACAGUGACUGCAUUAACUAUACACACUACACAAACACACCCUGCAUUCAUUAUAUAUACACACACACACACACACCGCUCCCCUGUCUAAACACACUGCAUCCACUACAUGUGCAUGUAUAUUUUGUGCAUUUACCUUUAGAAAUAGUUUAUUUUUUCAAAAUGGUAAAUGUACAGGUUAUCGGCUAUCGGCCUGAAAGUUCACAGAUUAUCGGUAUCGGCUCUAAAAAAAUCAAUAUCGGUCGAUCCCUAUUCCCGUUUAGGGAUAGUCUAUUCCAUUUACACCUAUAACCAAUAUGCAAGGUGCAAAAUUCAGUUAAAAACUGCUAGAUGUAAAAAUCUUCAAUUGUGUUGUGAAUUUUUAAAAUACUGCUCUCUGUUUAGUGAAUAAUCUCCCAAAUUUACCAGGGAAUGUGGUUGGGGAAGGUUUUGUAUUUUGCCGUGAUUGUUAAAAACAAACUAUAAAUGAACAGUUUUAUGACUCAUCCGCUAUUUCUAAUAUUAAUUAUUUCUAUUCUCUGCAAAGAACACAGAAUGGAGUUUCCUGACCUUGGCAAGCAUUGUUCGGAAUCCACGUGCAAACAGCUGGGUAGGUCAGACAACACAUAGUUGUUUAUUUAAAGAAAAUCUAUUCUGUAACCAAAAUCUGUUAGUUUGUUUUGUUUGUUUUCUAAAAUAUGCCGCCUUGGUUUUUUUUUUUUUUUUUAAUUCUUUAUUUUUGUGGACACAGCAUUCAUACAGCAAUUUUAUUUUAAGACAUUGCGAUACAAUAUGGCUAAACCGUAAUAGUGUCACAGAUAAUGAGUGUACAGUGCCCCUUUAAAAGUUAUAUAGGUAUGGUUAAGGAAACAUUCAAAAAUCAAACGAGAAAACAAAUAGUCUGAUAGCAGCAAAUAUGAGAUAAGCAUCUUCCCUCUAUACAGAAUAUGCAUGGAGACUGGCUUAAGAUGGACACAUGAGAAUUACUGUUAGUUAUAACCAAGCUUAUACGUAAUAAUACGGUGAUUUACUGUAUAUGUUGCUGAGAUGCUGCCAGAGAGUAACCAGCUGCCGGAGAGUUAUAGGCUAAGCCUAAAACCAGACUAUUAAAGGUUAAUACCACCACACCAGCGAGAGCUCCCUACCUCUAUGCAAAAUUUAAGAGAAUGAGUGAUCAACAGAAAUUAAGUAAAACAGAGAAAUGAUGCAGUGCAAUCAGUUUGCAAUAAAGCUUGAUGGUCCAGCUGGCGAGUGAGAAUGCUUGAGUCAAUCAGCCUAUGCCCAUGCUGUAGAAGGCUUGCAGACACUGCAUGUGGGUCAGAUCCGCUGAGCAUGCACCCCAUCCUCUCCAUAGACAGUCCUGCCCUUGGGACCAGUAAUGUCCACAGACCCAAGCAACUAGGGUACGAUCCCGGGGAAGAUCCUGGUGAGGCGAUUUCUCUUGGGCAUGUUGAUAGUGCUCAGGUUGGAGCCCCCUCUGGGCUGCUGGCCCCAAACGCAAGGAACAGUCAGCGGGAGCGCUGGGAGGUAAAGGCUCAGCUGGUGAGUAAACGCGUGUUGCCCUCAUCUCCAGUCGGUGCCAGAAUUGCACACAUACUAGGUCAAAUCAGGAGCAGAAGGCCUCUCUCCAGCGGAUCCACCGUCGAGCCUUCUGUGAGCCAGAGAUCCCCUGCCAUCGUGAGAGAGAAUAUGCCUUCUUUUUAAAGUUAUUGCUUAGAUAAUCUAGAGAAUUUUAUCUUGUGUGUCUUCCACCUGAGGCUAAGCAAGGCCCAUGCAGAUUGAUAGAAAAUGACCUCCAAUUUUUCAAUGCACUAUAUAAAAAAAUCUUCCUCAAGGAUACUUGCCCUCAGCGUUUCUUGUAAAUGCAGUUUUACAAGGAAUCCUAUUUAUGUUACAAACAAAAAGGAUUACAGAGUAUUUGUUUUAUCUAUAACGUGUUUUCUUUCUUGUUUGUUGUUGCUGCGUGUAGCAAAGUGGUAAAUAUGAAAUCUAAUGAGGAAAUUGUUCUUUGGAAUUAUUUUUUGUCAUGAAACUAUGUAAAAUCUCACUUUUUUGUUUCAUAGAUUUCCUGCCUUUAAAAUGUGAUGCCUGUGAACAAAUAUUCUGCAAAGAUCACAUCACAUAUGUCCUGCACAACUGUACCUCCGCAUAUAAGAAGGUAAUUCAUUUUAUAUUUAGAUGUAUGUAGUGUAGACAUGUAUUAGGUUCUCUCCCUCCUAAUAGAGUUCUAAUAUGUUCUGCAGGAUGUACAGGUUCCUGUUUGUCCUCUUUGCAAUAUCCCUAUCCCUGUGACCCGGGGACAGACUCCUGAUAUUGUAGUUGGCGACCAUAUUGAUCGGGAUUGCAAAUCUGACCCAGCGCAGCAGAAGCGCAAGGUGAGUGGUGUACUGGUAGCUUCUUUGAGUGAUCAGAGUCUAAUUUAGAACCAGCAUCUCCCUUCGAUGUUUCUUUACACUUUUUGAUUAUAGUUUUUGGUCUUGGUUGUUUAUUUUACUAUGUACAUUUUUUUUCUUUUCUUUUUUUUUUCUUCUUCAGAUUUUCACCAAUAAGUGUGGAAAACUGGGAUGCAAGCAGAAAGAGCUAAUGAAGGUGAUUUGUAACGACUGUCAUGGAAACUUCUGCCUUAAACACAGACACCCCCUUGAUCAUGACUGCAAAGGGAGGAGUGCCCCAACCUCCAUGGCUGGGUGAGUGCAACCAUCUGCCACAAUCAUAUUGAAAGUUCCUUGUAAAGGCAGAUCUGGGGCAAAAUUCUAAAAGUGAUUCAAUCUCUAUGUUUUAAAUAUGUUUAUUGGUUUCACAACAUGCGUUUUAGUGCAAAUGUAUUUGUAUUUAAGCGGGUAAACGUAGUUUUUAGUACAUAUAUAAGUAUGCAAGGUGUUGCCUGCGCAGAGGCAUAUUAAUCGAGUCAUCAGUUUUACAGCAAGUAGAUUCAUCUUUGGACAUGUGCGUUUUGUAACAUUUGCCAUGUUAGGUUCCUGAUCAUGUGUUUAUGCUAUCUGAUGUGAUUCAGGGUUAAGUUUAUGUAAUCAUCCCGUGUUGGCUGAUUUAUGUAGUUGCUUUAUAUUUGUUGGUUUAUGGUAACUGGUUUAUGCAGCUGGUUUAUGGUAACUGGUUUAUGGUAACUGGUUUAUGGUAACUGGUUUAUGCCGUUGGUUUAUGGCAACUGGUUUAUGGCAACUGGUUUAUGGCAACUGGUUUAUGCAGUUGGUUUAUGGUAACUGGUUUAUGCCGUUGGUUUGUGCAGCUGGUUUAUGGUAACUGGUUUGUGCAGCUGGUUUAUGGUAACUGGUUUGUGCAGCUGGUUUAUGGUAACUGGUUUGUGCAGCUGGUUUAUGGUAACUGGUUUGUGCAGUUGGUUUAUGGUAACUGGUUUGUGCAGCUGGUUUAUGGUAACUGGUUUGUGCAGUUGGUUUAUGGUAACUGGUUUGUGCAGUUGGUUUAUGGUAACUGGUUUGUGCAGUUAGUUUAUGGUAACUGGUUUGUGCAAGUGUUUUGCGUUAGCUGGUUAUGUGGUUGCUUCGUGUUAGCUGUUUUAAGUAGUUACGUUUUGUUAGCUGGUUUAUGCCGUUGGUUUGCGUUAGCUGGUUGGUGUAUUUGCUAGGCGUUAGCUGGUUUAAGCAAGUGUCUUAUGGUAGCUGGUUUGUGCAGGCGCUUUGUGUCAGUUAGUUUGGGUGGUUGCUUGGGCAUUGUGUAUUACAAUGCAGUAAUUAGGCAGUUAAGUAGGCAGUAGUAAGACAUUAAAGGCUUAUAAUAGUAACUAACAACCUAUCGUCUUGUCCUUGCUGCUAGGUCGGGUGCUUAUCGAUCUGUACUACCCUGCACAAUUUCAAGUAGAAGACGAAUGCACUCCGCAUCUAAUAAUCAUUUGGGAUUGAGUAAAAACAUAGCAUUAAGUCCUUGCUGCCUGGUCUAAUUCUUAUCGAUCUAUCUUGCAUUUUUAUAUCCAAAUAAAAUAUAUUGACAAACACAUUACACCAGAUGCAUUGUUAGUGUCUAGUCUGUUAUUAGUCUGGUUUAGGAACUUUAGGGAGCAGUGGACAUGCUUAACUGGGCUAUCUAACAGUCCCUGAAUUCCGUAAAGACAUGCAUGUUUAUGCUAAGGACUUAGAAAGUAAAUGCUUAAGUAAAAAGGAAAAAUGUGAACAGUAAUGCGGAAGUAUGGCCUUGUCAGUCCGCUCGGCCGUCUGGUGGGAGUCUCUCAUGGCACUGCUACCACACUAUCCCUGGGGCGCCAGGACUCUUUCCAUCUUCCCCCUGCCGAUCUCCGUUCACCGGUCGGGGCCCCCGCAGUGCCAUGGGCACUCAGGAGCCUUUACAGACCGUUGGACCCCACCACAAAAGUCCUCUGGCCGUCCGCUCCCUGCACCUCCCCAGCUCCACAUGGGUCUCUUGAUGCGUGCACUCCUGUGUCUCGCCCGGUGCCGGCCACAUGUUUGGGGCUGGUGUCCAACCCUCACGACCACUGGUCCGUCGGGAGGGUGGCACAGUCCCGCCACACCGGGCUCACGGCGUCGGGGACUAGGCUCUCUGGCCCUGGGUACCCACUUCUCCAGCGGUCCAGGUCUCAGCAUGGGCCUUUGUGAGCCGUCCAUGUCAGUCCCCCUGGUGUUUCUCUGCCGAAGGUAAGUCCUCGGGCAGGCUCCAUUCCAGUAGCCUUUGCCCGUUUAGGUGGUCGGUUCGGACCCCACGCGGUAUCUUCCGCCCUGGAGUGUGCCGCCACCAUGUGGCCAGGAUCGUCUCCCCCCCAGCCAAGGGGGGAACAGGGCCGUGCCGCCUCUUCCAGCUGUGCAUUCUUCCACACAGCUAUUCUAGCUGGCAUAUCGCUAUCUCCGGGCUGCCAAUCAUUUAUCUGUGUGUCCUCGGGAGCCGCCAUUGUCCAUGCUUGUGAUGGUGAGUAGGCCCGCUUCUUUAUUUGCGGUGUUCCUGGCUCGAAGCCUGCUCCUAUUUGGGAUCUCCGUGUAGCUUAGAUGUUGCUGGUUAAUUAUAUGUCGGUCAUUUCUGUUUUAGGGCCGUCUGAGCGCUGAUUUUUGCUGUUUUUCCAGGCUCAGUGUUCUGCUGCCUCUCAGCUCGGCGGCCCCGCCCUGCCCCGUGAUUCAAUCUCUAUGGAAACAAAUAGUUACUGUUACUCUAGACUGCUCAACGUUUUAAACUUUGCCAAAUGUGUUUUUUGCAUAUAACCCUCAUUUUGUGUGAUUUGCUGACUUUGUUUAAAUAAUUAGGUUUGUUUGUGUUUUUUGGCAGCCACGCAUUUAAAAAAACUGUAUUUUGCCAAAAAAACUUUAGUCAGAUGUUGCGUUACAAAUAAAUCUCUCAAGCAACAGUUCCACUUUAAAUUAACAUUGAGUAAAAUAAAAAUAUCUAAUAAUAAUAUUUCAGCUGGUAACUUUUAACUUGUUUGCAGACAUGCAGCAUUAAUGAGGAGUCAGGCCUCGACUUCAAAGACUUCUGUAUCUUCGAGCUCCGCAGCCCCCCGACCUGCUGCCCAGCCGCAACGCAACAGGUAGAGUACCUUAGGAUGUAGGCAGAACACUUAAUGUAGCAGACAGAGUAACUCAAAGUGGGAGGUUUUAAUAAAACACCGUUUUUGGUUAGAGUACCCCUUAAUGGCAUGCCCACAAAAGAUAAAAAUAAUAAUUAAGAAAGAAAGGAAUAAUGUACCUGUGAUCCCACAUCAAAGCCAAGUUCUACCUGUAGCCGAUUCUCCUCUGGUGAUGCCAUUCCCUCUCACUGUAUUGGUAGGAAGGACAAUGGUGCCACCAUUGGACAUAUGUAGCCAACAUGCUAUUCUCCCACAGACACUAAAUAUACAUAGAUUUAACAUUAGCCGGCCUUUGUAAUUACACUUCUAGAGGUGGAGUUGCACCAGGCUAUAUCUCCAUAUGUGCAGUAUUUCACACGCAGACUCUGUGCACCAUUACCACUUCAAACCAGUGAAGUGGUUGUGGUGCUUGGAGUAACCCCCUAAAGUAGCGAGCAAAGCAAGAACAUAUCAAGUGAACUAGCUCAAGGGUGGGCAGCAAAUGGGAUUUAUCAGUGUUUACACAGUAAAGAGUGAACUUCUAUAUAUAUAUUCUUCAUAUAUCUUAAGGAUUUAUCACAGAAGCCAUUAAUUGGCAGUUCGCCAUAUGUAUGCCUAUGCCAUUGAUUAUGUAAUAUAAUGUAUAUCUUCAUGUUUUUCAGGGCCAGUGUUCCUACUGCUAGGCUCCCUAGCGUACAGCCUGUGGCCCCUGUAGCAGCAGCCUCUUUGCAGAAUGGUUUGGUUAGUAUGCCUUACCUCCCCUAGACUGUAAGCUCCUUUGAGCAGGGUCCUCAUUUACCUAUUGUUCCUGUAACAUUUUGUUAUUGCCUCAUUUGUUAAAUUCCCCUUUUUAAUGUAAAGUGCUGCGGAAUAAGCUGGCGCUAUAUAAAAAGCAAUAAUAAUAAUAUGCAGCCCACUAGCCGACCUCAAGCUCCCUCUAGCUUUCUCUAACAACCCCUCUUACACAAUCUCUAAGCACUCACAUUGCAAACGUAUCUAUCCCCUCCAGCCAUCCUCUCGUUGUAUAAUUUAUUAUUUUUAAAAACUUUUUUUUUUUUUUUUUAAAUCUGCAAUUCACAUAUUUCCCUCUUAAAUUUUUUUAAAAGCCAGUCUUUCUGCAUUUACUCUUUAACAAUAUGUAUCGGAUAAUAUAGCAUUCUAUAUCAUUUUGUAAGAAUACGGGGAGCCUAUCCAUUGACUUAUUGUGCAGUGUUCAAUCUGGUUGAGGCAGAUAAAGAUUUCAUAAUUGCUGUUCUGGGUUCACUGUUUAGAUAGCGUUUUAUUUUCAAGAGAAGCCAUUUGAUAUGGAGUUGUAUAAUAUCCUGUGUUUAACCAAAACAACAAAAGCAUAACCCAAAACCCUGCUCUUCUGAAAUCUAACUUAGCCUGUUUUAGUAUAUUCACUGUGGUUUAAUUAAAAUAGGGGGAAAAAGGUAAAAGAUCAAAGCCCAAUGUUGGCUAUAUAUAUAUAUAUAUAUAUAUAUAUAUAUAUAUAUACAGUGGUACCUCGGUUAACAUAAUUUUCGGUUAACAAAUGAAAAUGCAUUGAAAAUAAUGCCUUGGUUUUUACAAAUUUUUUUUGCAAUACAAAGCAAGUUUCGCCAGGAUUCAUUGCGCCUGGUAGGUUUAUAGCGCCGCCCGUGCAUGCUGGAGUCUGUGGGUAGCACGUGGUGCCGAGUGUGGAGGUGUUGGAGCGGCUUUUGCAUUGGGUUUUGGAGCCAUUCUGGAAAUAUUUUGCAGCGGUUUUGGGACUUUUUGGGACUUUUUUAGUGCAUUUCUCAAGCAGGGGAAAGGUAGGGAGCUGAGCUCUGUCGUUUGCAUGCCUUUUACUGUGUGUUCUGCUUUGUGAGUUGGUUUCAAUGCCAGCUCAUUUUGACUUUUUUCUGACCUCCUGAAUGGAUUAAUUGGUUUUCAAUGCAUUUCUAUGGGAAGCUGCGUUUUUUGGUUUACAAAUUUUUCGCAAUAUGUAACGUCCCGGAGAACGCAUUAAAUUCGUAAACCGAUGUACCACUGUAUAGUCAGCUUAUAGAUUGUUACUUUUGAAGACUGAUCUCUCCAAUGCUACUGUAUCGUUUUUUAUUAAACCCUUUUAUAAUUUUUUUUUUUUAUAAUUCUUUAUUUUUCAAUGACAGAGAAAAAAGUAAUGCACUAUGCAGUCAUAUGGCUUACGCAGAAGCCGCACUGUGGUUACAAUACAGAUCAAAUGUUACCAAAAGGAGGUAUAUGCGGUGUUCGUAUCAUUUCAUGUGCAUCAAUUGCAUUUGGGAUCUGGCUGUCAUUGGUUUUGCCAGAAUUAUACACAGAUAGACAUAAAAACCCUUUUAUAAAUUUGAUUCUGUAAUAAAGCAUUAUUACACUGUUCCUUCAGUCUUUCCAUUGCACCUGUCAUCCCUGCAGUCUUACUGUAACACAUUAGUCUCUAACUGCAUCCCUUGCACCGUGUAUACCGGCAGACUAUGGGUGUGAUCGUGUCUGAAUUCUAGUAUUUUUCUUUCUCUUAGUCAGAAGAAGAGGCUCUUCAGAGAGCUUUGGAAAUGUCACUAGCUGAAUCUGCAGCCAGCGUGACGCAUCAGAGCAGGUAAAAAUCCCUGACUUCCAUUUCUGUUGGCGUAUUGUUAGUAUCUUUGUUAUAGAAACAUGGUAGGUGGGGUGAACCUUACUGACAAAAAUUAAUAAAAGGAUCCAUGCUUCAAGGUGUCUAGAACAAAAUAUCUCUCUAAAUAUUUUCUCUGUGCUAAACAACCAUAUUCUCUUGGUGUAAAAUGAUACGCUUUAAAGACCAUCUCUUUCAUGUUUUUUUUUUUUUAUUUUAUUUUUAUUUUUUUGAUAAAUAUUUUAAAGUUUUUUUUGGUUCAUUACAAAUGAAAAAAAACCCAAAUUGACACUUUAUCUUUGCAAAGUCAUGUUGUGUUUUUAAUCAUAGUACAAUUAUGUGUGAAAUUCAUCAUUCUGGCUAUAUUUUAUUUAUUUAUUUAUAUUUUAAUUGUAUUUCUUUUUAAAGUUACAGUAAUUCUGUGGACUCUUUAAGUUUGUGGCUUAAAUUUCUUGUAGCGGAAUUAUAAAAUUCUUUACAUAUGCAAAAUUUACAUAGUGCCACUGUAUAGAAAAAUAAAAUUAGUCUCUUGGCUGUGAUUGGCAAAUUACUUGAGAUGCAUACAUUUCAUUUGAUGGUAAAUAUAACGUUGAUUUCUUAAUUGAAUGCACUGUGUUCCAUAUAAUCUGCAUAAAUGCAAGGACUAGAAAUAUUGCACUUUGGGUAUUUCUAAUGUCCUCAAAUGAUAAGGCAACAUACCACAAUUCUUAGGAUUGCCCAUUGGUGUUCUCACUUGUAUAAUUUGCGCACUGGACAGCGGAGUACAGAGCCACCCACCAUGUUGAUUUAUAGAGCACGUUUUAGUGGAAUCGAUUUUCAGAAUGUUUACAUAUGUAGGCAGUGCAUUUCAGCACAAUGUAUAAAUAGUUUAAACUGACCUUAUGAGAAUUGUCUUCACUUGCUUCUUAACUUGAUGGAAGUCUGCCAACAGCCAAUUUACAUCCAGAGUUUUUCAGUAGUGUGCGAAUUUCAAAUUGUUGACCAGAUUCCAAAAACUCUUCAAGUCAGCUAGGUUUUUUAAUUUAUUUUUUUGUUCCACUCUUUAGGCCAUGUUUUUAAGUAUAAUACAUAUAUGUAAGGAUAUCCUUUUGUGGAUCUCUGUUUGCUUUUUGCAUUUUAGGCUUAUGAGUAAAUCAUCCCCUAUGCUUUUUUUAUGUAAUCAAACUGAGAAAACGAUGUAAACACAAUGGAUGGAGCUAUUCAAAAACGUUCUUCUUCUUAAUAUAAUGCGGCAGAAACAGAAAAGUGCAUACAAUAGUGCAGACAAUUUACAAUAAAUGUAAAAGCAAUAUUUACAAGGAAACACUCACAAAAUCAGAGCCAAUUGGAACCUGGCUCUGGUAUAGAUGGCUUCAGGAUCUAUUCCAGGGUGAUCCUGGCCCUUCUGUGAUUGAUGGAGCUGUUUCCGGAUGAAUGGAGAAGAAUCCAAAGGGUUGGAAUAAAUGAACAAAUUUAUUGAACAAAAUUGAUAUAACUAAAACAUAAAAACCAUCAAGGAUAAAAUAAUAAGUGAGCCAAAACGCGUUUCGCCUAUUGUGGCUUCCUCAGUCAGCUGAGAAAACGGGCAGUUAAUAAGGACGAGGAAUCAAGUGUAUGAUGACAAACUCCAUGUCCGGCUUCAGACAGGAGACAGAAAAUGGAAAUAUCGUUUACACAUUAUGACUCUCCUUCUUCUUUUCGGUUACCAACCUAUUGUUUGUUUUUUUUUUUGUUUUUUUUUCAGCUCCCAAGAAGAUGAGGAUUUGGCUCUGGCCAGAGCUCUGUCAGCCAGUGAGGAGGAGUACAGGAGACAGCAGGCAGUGAGUGAUCCAAAUAUAUGUAUAAACAUUUUCUACACUAUAAUAAUAUUUAGUGUGUUAGUUUCAUAAAGCUGGAGCAAAUAUUGAAUACAAAAGUUAAAGUCAACUUUUGUGUCUUUAAAAGCACGUCCGUUGAAAACCGAACGCCUCUCACAGAUUAUCAGGCUGUAGGAGGGCUGUGACUGUGUCAGCAAUUGUUGGGUCCCUUUCUGUCGCUUUCAAUAAAGAGGCCCACACUAGGAUCACAUCUGUUGGGUAAAGGGAAAAAUAGUGGUAAAAAUGACAAAUUCUAUAAACUGACCUCAGUAGAUAAAGCAUUUACGCAUCUCGUUUCCAUGACCUACUGACUUCUCAAUAAAAAUCACAACUUUGCAAACAUUCACCCCAUCCUCUCUGAUUACACAACCUCAGCUCUUAAAGGUGUUGGAGGACGUCAGCCAGAAUGGGAGACAUUAGAGAAGAGUGUAGAGGAAUUUGCAAAAAGCGAAACAUGGAAGGUAUGAUUUAUUAAAAAGUAAGCCAAUUGUUCAUCUUGAACUUUCGCAGCUCAUUUUAUUAAUCGGUGAUUGGAAGUUCUUCAGUUCUCAGGAUUUCAUUGUGCAGACAGCCGGAUCAAUUAUCUACAAUUCAUUUCACAUUUAGAGGAAAUGUAAAUCUUCUCUCUUUAAUAUUUUAAGGUAUUCAUCGUCACAGUAAACACUGUUUCUGCAUAUGGUUGUCAUAUUGUAAACAGACGUUUAUACGGAAAGGAACACUCAAAGCACCAUAACCACUACAGAGCCUCCAGUACGGCUUUGUGAGAGCGGGAAGCUUUCUUCAUUGAGCGAAGCCUGGCUGCUCACAGAUUAGCUCAUGGCUGAGAGCGAUCAGCUGACUCUCUCCGUCUGUGCUCCAAUCCUGCACUGCAGAGCGUAGCCCAGAAUAGCUAAUAGCUUCCUGCUCUUACUGAGCUUUAGGGGAAGUGGGGAGCGCUACCUGCCGCACCCAAGGUAAGGAGUCAGACCAAUCUAAAACACAUUACAAGAAUGGGGGGGGGGGAGAUAAGGGCACUGCUGUCACCUUAACCACUACACUGCUCUGAAGUUGGUAUGGUGUUUGGAGUGUUCCUAUAACUGCUGAUUGAAGCUGUAAAUGAGUGCUGCUGUUCAGAUUAAUUAAAGUUCACACUUUCCAAUACUGAAUCUGUCAACUUUACUCAUGGUUUGUUUAUAAUUCAGGUAGAUUUAACUCCGGUGGCGAGGGCAUACUAAUCUGAAAGAAUGUGUGUUCGAUAGAUAGAUAUCUGUCUCUUUUUAAACAGAAGCAAUAGCUACCUUUUAUUCCCACAUACACUCUCUUACAUGUAACAGGUGAAUUUAUUGUAAAAUGUGUAACCUAAAUCUUACAUAUUCAGUCUUCCAUUUGCCUUAGUUCAUUGUUUAGUGAAUAGAUCCCAGUGACUUGCUAGCAGCUGUUAUCAUCCCUGCAGCUGGCUGAGCUCUACGAGUUUGGGUUGGUGAGCUAGAGCCUGUGUCCUGCCUUGGCAUACGUGAUUUGAGGAUCACAUUUACCCUGUACAUUGUAAAGGAUACAGGAUUUUCUGGCGGUGCUCUUUACAUUGUGUAUUGUUUUACAGAGUGUAAAUAUUGUAUUUUUAUACUUUGUCAGUUGAUAAACUAUUUAAUGUCACCACCUUACCUUUUACUUUAUUGCAGGGCACUAAUAUAAAAUGAUACCCAGAAUAUCUAUCCUCCAUCAGCUUGCUGUGUAACCAAAAUUUUCUUUUAUUUUCUCUCUUUUUUAAAAAUAUUUAUUUACAACUGUGAUGUUUAUUCAGUAAAGUGAGACUGUUCAGAAAUUAAGUUUAAAUUGUGUUUAAAUUUCAAGGCCAACCUAGCCAAACUGGAAGCAUGGUUGAUUUGGAGAAUUUUUCAAGUUUGUCUAUUUUGGUAUUCACUUUAAAGGAACAAUCUGAGCACCAUAACAACUUAAUCAAAAUGAAGUUAUUAUGGUGCCAGGAACCCCCUGGUGCUUUUUUAUCUUUAGGGGUUAAACCAUACAUGAAUGGUAAUUUUGCUCUUGAGUGCCAUUCCUCCCUGUAACUGUCCACUUUCUCUAAUUCUGAUCCAGAUAAGUAGCUAUCUAUUCAUGAAAUGAAUGCAGAGCUACUGAUUAGCUUAAAGCAGGCAGCGGAGGCUCUAAGCCAAUCAGCCGCGUGCAUGCCUGACAGCAUUCUGUGCUUCCUGGAUCAGAAUUGGUGAAAGCAGAUGUGGAUGCUUACAGGAAGGAACGACACUGGAAAGCCAACUUAGUGGUUAAACUGUUCCUGAAAGGUUUAACGUCAAAAGGUAAGAAAAGACCAGGGUGCUCCUGGCACCAUAACAAUUUAAUUUUGAUGAAGUUGUUAUAGUGCCCAGGGUUUUCCUUUUUAAAGUAAUUUUUUGAAUGUACGACAUUUCUCACUGUAGUGAUUAAACCUGAUUGUAUUCAGUACUGAUAUGUAGAGUACACUUCAUAACAAAAUGUGAGCUGUGUAUUUGCAAUAGCGUGGAUUCUACAAGGUUCUGAACAAAGCCCAAACUCCUUAAAGGAGCCGUAUCAUGUCCUUCAGACAUAAGGAUAGAGAUCUUAAACAGCAAACUCGUGUCUGAUCUAUUUUCCCUUUAAACACGCUAUCCCAGCAUUAUGUACAACAGAUUACAGCUCUGAUAAAAUGCUGGUAAUUUUUUUUCUUUUCAUGUCUCCAUUCAGGGACAAACUCGGGAUGCCAAACAGAGUACAUGCUGCCUGUCUUAGCGCAGAACUUGAAGAUCAACUAACACUGGGCUCAACCGGAUCAUUUAAUGUAAGGGAUGCAAGAUUUACCAGACCUAGCUCCGCCAGAGCGAAUGUACCACCGGGGACCCUCUUAAAACAGAAUUUGCUGCUCUCCAUGUGUAGAAUACACAUCAGCUGUAGAGUCUUUGUUCGGAAUGUGCUGACCCUAGGCCUCUGCGAUUCCACGUGUGGUUUGCAAGAGUAAUGGAGGCCACAAACAACCAAAGAAAUGCUAAAUGUGCAGCCAGUCUGCUAAUUUCAGGGUUUGUGCCAGUAAACACUAACUGCGCCUUAUUACGCAAAAAAGAAAGCCGCACUGAACCAUUCCUGACACAAGGCAAUAUUUGGGUAAUUGUGUAAACCUGACCAGAAGCCAACGAUAUACGGUGCUGAACUUUUUAUAGACAUUUUUGAAAAUUGAGAACUAAGCUCCCACAUGAUGAUGGACCAUUGGGCUAUUCAAAUCGAGCCCUGAAGGGUCACAAGCAAGGAUUAAAGAUCCACAGGCACCAUGAUGUUUGCUGGCUUUAUUAUUCCCAUAAAGUUUGGUUUAACAUUGAGAUAUUAGUGGGAAUGCUAGAAUCUGCUUACCCCUGUCAAAGACAAGUUCAAAGCUUCUUUGGUCAAAUCACUGUUUAGUAAUUCAUCCAAAUGACCCUUAAACAAGAUUAUUCAGUAAAUUGUCAAUGGUCAGGAUUCUAAAAAAAUUGGCAAACUGAAGAAAUUUCUACUAGUUAUCGUUCGAAUCUGUCCUGUGCAGUUUGAGAAAUUCCCUGAUCAGUACCUGGUAAUUUGCAGUUUAGUGCAUAAUCCAGCAGGUGAAUAUUUAGCACAUUGCUGAAGUAUAAUCUGAUAAAUUGGAAAAAUCAGAGAAAUCCUAACGUCAGACAGGACUCUGAUCCUCAGAGAUUGAUUUACACGCCGAUUGUCUUUGCAUAGACAUGGUCCGACUAGUAGAUUGACUGCCACUAGCUCCCUUAUGUAGUGUCCAUUUGAUUUGAUUGUAAAAUUAAAUCCUUUACUGCUGGAUAAUAACUCUUCUUUUUCACAGUCUGUAGAUCCAUCACAGUGAUGGCUAUUCUUUGGCACUGUGUUGUAGACUACAUGUCCCAUGAUCCUUAGCUCGGCUAUCAGCUAGCAAUUGUAAAAACUUCAACCACAGUCAUACUUUCAAGAAUGUUUGUUUUUAUUUUUUUUAUAGCAUUCAAAUUUGUAGUAAUUUUACUUAAUUGAGCAGGUAGGAAAAUAUGCAACUGUGCAUUUUCCCAUCUUUUCUAUUUUAGUCUAAAUAUGUAAAUUCUCCAAAUAUCUUAGUUGAGUGGAUAACAAAGUAUUCUCUAUCCAGUCUCACAUAUACCCACCUUGAUGAACUACAAUUCCCAUCUGGUUUUGAGUUUGGAGAUCCACAAUUGAUGUAGGUGCUGUUGAUGUUGUGCUCAUCAAAUGGAAAGAUCAGGGAUCUCUUCUACUUGUUCAACCUCAACUCCCAUCAUCUUCAGCCAUUCUCUGGAGCCACUGAUAAUGAUGGGAGUUGCAGACGAGCAGCAAAGACCACAGUUGGCCAGCCAUGUUCUAACUAUAAUAUAAGCAUGUUUGUUAGUGAUUAUCCCAACUUCAGUUUUUUGUUUUAUCAAAGUGUCUAACAUUGUACCCGUUUAUGUAUUCUAUGUUUUGUGUGUUUCCAGCUGUGUUUGUAUUUUAAUUACAAUGAAGGGCAGCACUGUUAGUUACACUUUUUAAAAAAAAAAUAUUGUUACUGGUUUAAUGUCAUAUGACCAAGCAUUAGAACGGCUUAAUUUCUGGCGGGUAUGAAAUCAGAAUUCAGUGUUGGCAGGGAUGGUAUGAAGAGUUAUAGGAGUUGUAAUAUUGAAUACACACAUUUAGAUCCAUCAGUUAUAAAACUCUUGUGUGUAGUGGAAAUGCAGCAACCACAUUAGCAGACUAAGGGCACUGGGAGUUGGAUUCCACCAGCUGCUUGAGUGCAGAAAGUCGCUUGUCCCUGUGUAGCACACUGAUACUCUGACUUCUGACCACUAUAACUAACAAUGCUUUCCGUAUAGGAUUAUUCUGUAUCCAGUCUCAUACUGCUGAAGUACCCCACAUGCAUUAUAAAGCCUGCAAACUCUGUAUAAAUGAUAUGCAUAUUAUUCUAUUUUUAUUUAAUGAUGCAGAAGGACAGAAAUCUGUUUACAAUGACAUGUUCCAUUGAUGCUGUGAUUAUUAACUUGUGUAAAAGUUGGAAAAACUGGCUUUCUCUCCUUGCUUUUCCUGACGAUAACUGAACACUGCGUUUCCAGCUGCUAUCUUCUUUUAAUUUAUAACAACCAAAUAAAUUAUGAAUGUAAAUGCGUACCCCAUCUGUUUUCGCUCAUUUCUCGCUUGUUUUACAAAAGGGUCACAUUCAUAACUCUUUUAGUUACUAUUUAUUUUUUUGUAAAUCGUUCUCGGGUCCCAGUAGUUUAUCCUUUUAAUAGACCAAUUGUAUGUUUUAACAUUUUCAUAUAGUCAGGACAGCUCAGGUGGGUUUGAUCACU